GAAAGGUAGGAGAAAACUAUAGAGAGAGAGAAGGAGAUUCAUCAUACAUCAGUCUUUCUGUUUUCUUUACCAGAUCUCAAUUUCUCCUCACAAAACCCUGUAAAUUUCCUUACGCUUCGUCAAAUUCAUCUGUACAGCUCUCGGAUCUCAUUGUUGCUUCGCGCUCGCUCAUUCCGUGGUUGAUCAUCUCUCUCUCCUACUCCCAACUCUCAACUGGAUCUGGUCACGCACCUUCGCAAAGGACCUAAUCAUGAAUCCGUUCUCGUCUGCAACGCGUCUGAGGGACAUGAUACGGGCUAUUCGUGCUUGCAAGACAGCAGCAGAGGAAAGAGCUGUUGUAAGAAAAGAAUGUGCAGACAUCCGCUCUUCAAUUGGGGAAAAUGAUCCUGAUUAUAUGCACCGUAAUCUGGCGAAGCUCAUGUUCAUUCACAUGCUUGGUUACCCCACACAUUUUGGUCAAAUGGAGUGUUUGAAGUUAAUAGCAUCAUCUGGAUUUCCAGAGAAGAGGAUCGGCUAUCUUGGCCUUAUGCUACUUCUCGACGAAAGACAGGAAGUUCUGAUGUUGGUCACAAACUCACUAAAACAAGAUCUCAACCACUCCAACCAGUAUAUAGUGGGGCUGGCUCUUUGUGCUCUGGGAAAUAUAUGUUCUGCAGAAAUGGCUCGUGACCUUGCACCAGAAGUUGAAAAACUAUUGAUAUUUCGGGACCCUAAUAUUCGGAAAAAAGCAGCAUUAUGCUCUAUCAGGAUUGUGAAAAAAGUACCAGAACUGGCUGAAAAUUUCAUAAAUGCUGCUGCUUCCUUACUUAAAGAAAAGCACCAUGGAGCUCUGAUUACUGGUAUUCAUCUCUGCAUUGAUCUAUGCAAAGUUAGUGAAGAUGCCCUAGAAUACUUCAGAAAGAAAUGCACAGACUCCAUUGUCAAGGCUCUCAAGGAUGCGGUGAACAGUCCAUAUGCACCUGAGUAUGAUGUCUCAGGGAUUGCAGACCCUUUCCUUCAUAUUCGGCUACUGAGAUUUUUGCGAGUAUUAGGUCAAGGAGAUGCAAAUGCUAGUGAUUUGAUGAAUGAUAUCCUUGCUCAGGUUGCCACAAAAACUGAGUCAAACAAAAAUGCAGGUAAUGCUAUUCUAUAUGAGUGUGUUGAAACAAUCAUGGGAAUUGAAGACAGCGGUGGCUUACGGGUACUUGCCAUCAAUAUCCUGGGGAGAUUUUUGUCAAAUCGUGAUAACAAUAUCAGAUAUGUUGCCUUGAACAUGUUGAUGAGGGCUUUGUCUGUAGAUACACAAGCUGUGCAGAGGCAUCGAACUACAAUCCUGGAAUGUGUAAAGGACUCUGAUGCUUCCAUCAGGAAAAGAGCACUUGAAAUCAUAUGUCUGCUUGUGAAUGAUAGCAAUGUAAAGUCCUUGACAAAGGAGCUUAUUGAAUACCUGGAAGUAAGUGAUCUGGAGUUCAAGGAGGAUCUUACUGUCAAAAUAUGUUCCAUUGUGGAAAAGUUUUCUGCUGAGAAAAUUUGGUACAUUGAUCAGAUGCUGAAAGUUCUUUCGGAGGCAGGAAAAUUUGUGAAGAAUGAAGUGUGGCAUGCUCUAAUUGUUGUGAUAAGUAACGCCUCUGAUCUCCAUGGAUACUCAGUACGUUCUCUGUACAGAGCAGUCCGAACUUCAGGAGAACAGGAAUGUCUUGUUCGAGUGGCGGUUUGGUGCAUUGGUGAAUAUGGGGAAAUGUUGGUCAAUAACAUUGGAAUGAUCCAUGAAGAAGAGCCAUUAAAUGUAACCGAGUCUGAUAUUGUGGAUGUGGUAGAAACAGCAAUAAAGCAUCAUUCCUCUGAUCUGACUACUAAAGCAAUGUGCUUGGUUGCUUUACUAAAACUGUCGUGUCGUUUCCCUGGCUGUUCACAGCGAAUCAAUGAUAUUAUAAUCAAAUCUAAAGGAAGCCUUGAGCUUGAAUUGCAGCAAAGAUCCAUCGAGUUCAAUUCUAUUAUCCAGAAGCAUCAGAAUGUCAGAUCUGUGCUUGUUGAAAGGAUGCCUGUUCUGGAUGAAGCAACCUAUGUCCGAAGAAAGGAUGGGGCCUUGCCAGCAGCAGUCACUUCCUCAAAUGGAGCUGCACUUAAGCUUCCAAAUGGAACAGUUAAAGCUAGUGCUGCUCCUCUUGUUGAUUUACUCGAUCUAAGUUCAGAUGAUGCUCCAGUCCCUACCCCAUCUGGCAAUGAUUUGCUUCAGGAUCUGCUUGGUGUUGAUUUAUCCCUAUCUGCGCCUCAAACAAAUAGCAGACAGGCCCAAAAAAGUGGUACAGAUGCUCUAUUGGAUCUCUUAUCUAUUGGGACGACACCAGAACCAGAUCAGAUAAACUCAAACACUGAUAUAUUAUCGUCCAAAAAAUCUUCAGUGGGUAUAUUGGAGAGUUUAUCAUCACCUUCCUUACCAUCUGCACAACCCAUCUCUCCUGCCACUGGCUCUUCUAUGAUGGAUUUACUUGAUGGCUUUAGUCCUAGCACCGCAGUGGUUCCAGAAAAAAAUGGCCCUGUUUAUCCAUCAAUAGUUGCAUUUGACAGCAGUUCAUUGAGGUUAACAUUCAACUUCUCAAAACAACCUGAAAAUCAUCAGACAGCCCUCAUCCAGGCUACUUUUACAAACAAGUCAACUACUCCCUAUACAGAUUUUAUUUUCCAGGCAGCUGUUCCAAAGUUUCUUCAGUUACAUCUUGAUCCAGCUAGUGGUAAUACUCUUCCUGCAAAUGGUAAUGGAUCAAUCACACAAAAUCUACGAAUCACUAACAGUCAACAUGGCAAGAAAUCCAUUGUCAUGCGGAUACGAAUAGGAUACAAAAUGAAUGACAGAGAUGUUUCUGAGGAAGGACAAAUAAGUAAUUUUCCACGUGACUUGUGAGAUUCAAUUUGACUCGCGAAAAGAGAAUCGGAAUUUAUCGGCCUGCAAAGGUUAGCAUAUUUGUUUUUUGGAUCUAUUAUUGUGGAGAAAUAUGGCUGACCUUAUUAUUCAAUUUGGAUUUUGAUUUUUAAGUUUUAAGGAUACACCCCAUGUUUGUGUACAAUAUGUUAUAGAAAAAAACAAAGUAUUCACCAACCUACAAAAGUUUGUGUGUAAGAGGCAAGCUAGUCUGUCACAAUUCGGCAUCUGAGCCUGUUUGUUUUUAACAAACUUCGUUUUGUGUCUUUUGUUCC